GCUCUGGCAUGCGUUGCAACUGCUCGUAACUCUUCGGGCAGCUGCAGGUGCUUCUGCGCCUCUCAUUCGUCGAGCUGUCUCAGAGCCGAGCCCGACGUCGCUGCUGGAGCUGAGUUUGGGUAGCGGCGUCCCCAACUGUGGAGCCAGGAGAAAUCCUCGCUGCAGUGAGGGAUCGCGAGAGCCGGAGGACACUUCGCCAGUUCGCGCCGCUGUCUACACUUACAACGUCGGGGGCUACGAGGAGCCGCGUAGUCGGCAAGUACCUUGUGUGCCAUCGAACGUGGAUGCAUUCUUGUUCCUGGAUGCGACCACUAAGAGGAAGGCCCCGAAGGCGGCAUUGGCGCACUGGCAGCGACAAGGCUGGCAGAUCAAGAUCAUCUCACUAGAGAAGGCAACACGCUAUGUGUCAGCUGAGAGACUUACCUCCAAGUCACUGAAGUUCGCGCCUCCUUCGUGGCUUCUGUCGGGCAAGUGGGACUGGCUGAUUGGCUACGAUCACGAUAUGACGAUCAAUUUGCAGAAGCUGCCCGAGUUUCUUUCGAAUCACGACAACAAGCCGCUGUUGAUGCUGAAGUGGUACUGGAGGAACUGCGAUAACGACGCGUUCGACUGCAUGCUCUGGGAGAUGGACGACAUGCUGACAAAGCGUCCGGAGUAUGUUCGAUCCUCGCGCAAGAACAUCGAGCAUUGGAAGGACUUGAUGACUGCCAUGCAUCAGGCCGCAAAGCCAUUUACUCCGUUGCAUUACUUCGAAAGCUGCGUGAUCUUCCGGAACCUGAAUCACGAGCGCGCAGGGGAUGUGAAGACAGCAUUCGAGAGAACGUACAACAUGUCUCACGACAUCCAGCGCGAUCAGUUCCUUGUGCCAUACUACUUGUGGAGAGAUGGCCUGAGCUCCGAGCUCGGGGCCAUGCACCUCAGUGAGCUGCAGCAGGAGCUGGACUUCUGCAGUGUGCCCACGAAGCGCAAGCGUAAUUGA